UUUAUUUUUGACAAUUGGUUAUUGUAAACCAAUUAUGUUUUCGUUAUUUUUUUACUAGCUUAUUUUUUUGUCAACCAACUGAUUGCCGAAGGGUAAUGGUUAAAGGUAGAUCUAAUCUAUAAUUAAGGUGUCGCUAGUGAAUGACUUUUGUUAAAAUCGUGCUAACCAACUUGGGAACUUACCUUUCGAAUCUCAGCGUAAUAUGUGGUGGUGUGAUACAGAUAAUGUGUUCCAACGGAAUAUGAUUCUCACAUAUUCCCACAGUUCAAUACGGUAUCAGCAACAGAAUACUAUGUAUAUUUGAACAUUCUGUUUCAUGUCGCUUAGUGUAAACCAAAAUCACACGCACAGUGAUUGGUUACACAAUAUAAACUGUAUAUAUACAAACAGCAGUGUGAUUAAUGAGAUAGAUAACUUGGCUUCCAUGUCUUGCCUCCUGUUGUUACAGAUAUAGAGUUAACUGUCGUAAGUACUUCAGGGUCGCUUGUUAGUUGUCAAAAUAAUAACUAUGAGGGCAAGUUUCCUAAUGUUUUUUCUAUGUGAUUAGGCAUAUGACCUACCUCCUAUAUGGUGGUGACUUGGAUUGGUGCGUUGUCAUCCAAAAUAUAAAUGAAAAAAUGCGAUGAAUCGCAAAUAUUUCUUGUAAAUUAGUACGUAAUGUCAAGUUAAAAGUAUGUGAUACGAGAAAAACACCCCUAGAAAAUGGCAUUCAGUAAGUGUUUACAAAAUAGGAUUCCCAUUAGGAUUAGUCAUUUAUCUGUGCAACCACAUUGUUGUAUUAUAUAAUGUGAGCGACUAUUGAGUGUAACACUAAGACAGUCCCACCUAUUUAGCCUAUGGCCCUACAGACAUCUCAGAACCGUGAUAGGCAAUUUUAUUAGUUUGACCGAGAUUUUGUCUUCACAAUAUUUCAUCUUAACUAUAUCAGUACGUUACAUCUAGACUUUGUCCUACCUAGAGUUUGUCAUCAUAGCAUAAUGUUCACUAUUUGGUGAUCGUAUAUAUUUAAGCUGUUGGACUGUGCUGUUUGUAUUUACUUAUUAAGUUUUAUCCCACUUAUAUUUAUUUAUAUUUAUCCUAUUAUAUAGGUGUCUUGUUAUGUCGUUUUCGUAAAUGAAAUAUGGAGUUGUACCUAUUAUUUACUAAUUUAUUACAAAAUUUUGCAUGUCUACUGUUUCCCUUUCGAUUUAGAUGGUCUAUCAUCCGGUUGAUUUCGAUAUCGAUGACUUCCUCUCUAGAAUUCAGGGUAACAAACCUCCUUUCGUAUGUCCAUCCGAAACAUGUCAGAAAGUUUGCAAGUCAUACAGUUAUAUGCAGAAACAUAUGCUGAUCCAUCGCCCUCCUGCUCCAAUAGACAUUCCUGGACCGCUAGAAUAUGGUGACGGUUAUGGAGAUUUCAAAUGUACGCCCUCAUUGAACGGUACCUCGGACCAGGUUGGGAAAAUAUCCCUGAUGUUCGGUGGUUCUGUUGAAAAUUCUGGUCACCAAAAAGCCAGGACACCCAUGGUUUUUACUGACGCUCAUACCUCAGUGGUUUUCGAUGCUUCUUCCACUACCAGAGGCCGCACAUUUCGGUGUAAUAUAUAUGUCCCCUUAACUAUUCGCCUGCAGAAUACGUCAGACCCGAGAGGGGAACAAGAUUCCACUCUGGAAGGCACUUCUGUUAAUAAAAAGUAUCCAUCAAAUCGUUCUAAAAUGUCGAGCCUUAAAAACAAAGGUCGCAUUAAGAACAACAGAGCUGUUUCAGUCAUAGGAAAGUUUUCAGAAAACAGUGGAACUGAGCCAUCAGAUAAAAGUAUUGUUCUUACAAAUGGUGCCACAACAAAUGAUAUAGAAACACCGAAGGCAGUCUAUUCAAUCGAUCCAGAGUUCUCUGUUCGUAAACCCAUCAGCUUGAGAGAAAAUUCGGGUUAUAUUCGUUUCAUUGAAAAAACAGCUGAUGAACUGGACGAAGUCGUUGAGUAUGAUUUAGAUGAAGAGGAUCUUUUUUGGCUUGAAAGAAUCAAUGCUAAGCGUAAAAGUGCAUCCCUAUCACCUGUUACUGAGUCCACUUUAGAAUGGAUUAUGGAUAGAUUUGAAAAGAAGGCCAGAUUCAGAUUGUUUUCAUCUAAUGAUGGUUGCGAGACAACUGAUAUAUUACCUGAUAUCGGUGGAAAUCAAUCAGGUAUUGAUGAAGAUGCUGUAUGCUCUGUAUGUCAAGAUGGAACUUGUGAAAAUACAAAUGUGAUAUUAUUUUGUGAUGUUUGCAAUUUGGCUGUUCAUCAGGAGUGUUAUGGAGUUCCUUAUGUUCCUGAAGGUCCUUGGCUUUGUCGUAAAUGCCUUCAUUCCCCAAGUGAACCAGUUUCAUGUGUACUUUGUCCGAAUAGAGGUGGUGCUUUCAAAAAAACUACAGAUGAUCGCUGGGCUCAUGUUAUUUGUGGACUAUGGGUACCUGAAGUAAUGUUUGCCAACCUUACAUUCCUUGAACCACUUGAAGGUAUAGACAGGAUAGCUCCUGCAAGAUGGCGUCUUCUCUGUUUCAUCUGUAAACAACGCAAUGUUGGUGCUUGUAUUCAAUGUCAUAAAACCAGUUGUUAUCGAGCAUUUCAUGUUACUUGUGCACAACAUGCUGGUUUGUACAUGAAAAUUGAACAUACAGAUGAUCCUGAAGACUCUGGUAUUCGAAAAAGUGCAUUUUGUGAUCAACAUUGUCCACCAGAUCACUUUUCUAGUUCAAAUAAAGGCAUGUAUGCUCAUUCUGACUCUGAAAGUCCUCAAUCUCCCGAACAAGCAGCUCGUAUUCAUUUGAGAAAAGCUCGUAAAAUUUUAGCAGAGCGUCGAAAUUCUAAACCUUCUGUUUGUGUACCUAUUGUAUCGAAAGCAAAAAUGGAUCUCAUUCUGUCCAAACUAACUGGGGUAUCGGGUGAUAAGAUGGAGUUUUUGAAGCAAACGUAUGCAUUUUGGAAGCUUAAAAGGGAAUUUAGACGUGGUGUGCCACUUUUGAAACGACUUCAAGCAUGCUCCAUACACAGAAGCGCAGCCAGUUUUGCUGUAGCAGCUACAACUGGCGAUGCAGAAUCUCAACGAAUGAGAGCUCAUUUAAAAUUCUGGCAACAAUUACGUCAAGAUCUCGAGAAAGGACGUCUUCUUUCUGAGUUGACACGUAAACGUGAACGUAUUAAACGUGAUAUAUUUCGUUUAUUUGUUAAUGAAAUUGAAUUGAAAAUUAAACCUUUUGUAGUCUUUCAAUUACGAUUCAUAGAUCAACUUCAAACAUUGGAUAUUAAUGAAUUUUUCUGUGAGCCUGUUCAACCAAGUGUAGCACCAGAUUAUGCUUUGAUUAUUAAAAAGCCUAUGGAUUUCUCAACAAUGCGUAAAAAGAUAGAAAAUUUUGAAUAUUCCACAUUGGAGGCGUUAUUAUCCGAUUUUAAUUUAAUGUUAGAUAAUUGUUUUGAAUAUAAUCUAGAGAGCAGUAUUUAUUAUUCAGCAGCUUUAAAAAUGCGUGAACAGAGCAAACCAAUUAUCUCGGUAGCCUUGGCAACCGCGAAGCAGAUCAACUUCUGUCCUAAAACAGGAUUUCUUCUAGAAAAUGUGCCUGUAAAAAGUGAUGAAAUUGUGGAACAACAGGCUUCUUCUCAUCAUCAGGAUAAUAUUGAAAAUACCUCCAAAACAAAUGAGAAUUGUAUACAGUCCAUGCCUUUAACCAAUGAAGACAGCAAUUAUGAUAAUUAUGAAAAAAGAUCAACAAAUUCUCCGAUAUUAUUUCAUUUAUCAUCAUCACGUCGAACUGCUAAGGGUACGUUAACAAAUGAACGAUUGCAUAGUCCAUUAAAAGAAUUAGUUAAUUGUGAUCAAACCUCUUCACUCCCGAGUAAUAUACGUAGUCGACUGAGAAGUUUUAAUUCACCACCGACAACUCCAUCAGCAAUCUCAACUAUACCACCGACUUCCACAUCACAUCAUGCAUCACCGUUGCCUAUUACAGAAAAUGGAAAUUCACUGUGUACAUCACCUCCUAAUUCAGCAAAAAGUUUGAAUUCAUCCAUUAUACCUCGUAAACGUCGUUAUUCUUCAACUAGCAGUGAUAAAAAACUCCCACUUUCGCCUAGUUUACAUAAUGGAGAUGGUCGAAAGUCUACGAAAAUGGCACGAUUACAGUUACAUUCACCUGGGAAUACUUUUGCACAAGCUUAUGCUAAUUCAACAAAUUGUUUUGAAAAUUUAAUUAGAUCAAGUAAAACUAAUGAAUCAGUUAGUUGUAAAUGGAAUCAUUCAACAGCUGACAAUUCUGAUUGUUUAUUAACUCGUCAAGUUGGCAUAAAUAAACCUACGAAUGAAAUGAAUGGAUUAAUCAGUUCACGUGAUGGGCCGGCAUUCACACGUUAUCGAAUUGGUCGUUUAUCACGUGGUGAUGAUGAAGAUGAAGAUGAUGAUAGUGAAGAGACUGAUGAAGAUGAAAGUGAUGAUGGGUGUGUCACAUAUUCCAAUACGCAUACAUCUCCUGUUAAUUCUCAUCAGGAGUGUGAUCGUUCUCACUACAGACAACAACGUUUAAAACAGGAUAGUAGUAUAGAGAACGAAUCCGCCGUUGCGAAAUCACACCAUCCCGGCACAACAGUCGUCACUACUACUGUAGUUGGUACAAGUCGAAUGGCUUUUGCGCAUAAACGUUCUACUAUCAGUCGUCUAAAAUCUGUUUAUCGGUUCAAAGCAAAGAAAGCCUCUGUAAAUAUCAGAAAAAGUAAGCCUAAAAAGCAACACAAAUCAUCACUGACAAAAACACUGAACAGUGACGAACUCAGGAAUGAUAAUGCUGCACAAACUAAUAUACCACCAUCUUCACCGAUUCCUUCGCCUGAUUCUCAUAUCUUAUCAAAUUCGGACACAUUGUUCACAAAAUUCCUUCCGAAGCUUGGUAUAAAGCAUAAUAAUAUCCGACUGGACAGUAUUCAACCAGUUACUAAUUUAAAUCAUACCAAUUCACCUUUACAUAACGAAUCUAAUACUGAAACAAAUUGCUCUACAGACGCAUUAUCCAUUUGUUCGAAUAAUAAUUCCAAAAUGAUACGAAGUCCUUUGUCACGUGUGUCAUCACGUGGUAGUAUUGGAGAUGAUACAUUUUCUGAACAUCGAUUCAGUCCUUUAGAUAUUGUUUGGGCAAAAUGCUUGGGAUCACCAUGGUAUCCUGCUAUAAUUGUAGAUCCAAAUGCUACUGAAGGCUAUUCGCAUAAUGGUGUUCCUGUCCCACUACCUCCAGAAUCAGUCCUUAAAUGGGGCGAACGUCUUGCGUCUAAUAAAGCUACUAACGAUUGUGAACUUUUAUUAGUCCUUUUCUUUGAUACGAAGCGUACAUGGCAAUGGCUUAGUCCUCAAAAACUUCAACCUCUUGGUAUACAUAAAGAACUUGACUUUGAACGAUUACGAGAAGGAAGGCGAAGUAAAAUGAAGCAUUCGGUAACGAAGGCUUAUCGUCGUGCUGUGGAACAUAUAUGCAAAGUUCAUGGAAGACCAUAUCCAUAUACAGAUGGAAAGUCAACAGAUAUCGCUGUUUUUACCCUGUAA